AGAAAUGAGAAACAGCAAGCAACAAAAACAGCAGGGUAGCCGCUAGACACGAAUACGAGAAAAUCUGAGGUGCUACCGGCAUAUCCCUGGAUGGAACAAGAUGAGCGAGUCAUCAUUUAUACAAAGACUGUCUGUAUUUGGAGGACUUUUGGUCAACUACGGGGUGUUAGACAUUAGAUUGACACAUCACAGACUAUAAUCCCCCAAGACAACAAGUCUGGCCUUCAGUCUAUACAGCGCAAUAAAAGUUGCCCUCGUCUAGCGUGAAGAUUUCCCCUCGGUCAGUGAGUGGGUUAAAGGGGAGUUGAGCGUGAGAAAUCCAGGGUCAUUAUUCCGAGUCUUCCAUAGAAAUGGACCCUCAGGUGCCCAAAGACAAAUAUAAUGGCGUGUGGUUGAUUUUCUUCAUGUUGGGGUUAGGCACUCUGCUGCCAUGGAACUUCUUCAUGACUGCUACCAUGUAUUUCACGAGUCGUCUCGCAGACCCUCAGCCUUUGAAUGCCAGAAACUUCUCGGCCAAUCAGACUGAAGUAGACACGCGGAGUGUUUUGCAAGCGAAAUUCAAUAAUGUGAUGACGUUGUGUGCUAUGAUUCCUCUGCUGGCGUUCACCUGCCUCAACUCAGUUCUUCACCAAAGAAUUCCUCAGAAGAUCAGAAUUGCAGGAAGUUUGACGGCGAUUAUGUUGCUAUUCUUGUUGACUGCCAUCCUGGUGAAAGUAGAUCUGGAACCGUUGCACUUCUUCGUGAUCACCAUGAUCAAAAUCAUCUGCAUUAACUCGUUUGGAGCUGUCCUGCAGGGGAGUCUUUUUGGAAUGGCCGGUCUCCUGCCAGCCUCAUACACGACACCAAUCAUGAGUGGACAAGGACUUGCGGGAACCUUCGCUGCUUUCGCCAUGAUCUGUGCCAUCGCCAGUGGUUCUGCUAUGCAGGACAGUGCGUUUGGAUACUUCAUCACGGCCUGUGCUGUUAUAGCCCUCGCAAUCGCAUCAUAUGUUGCUCUUCCUAAACUGGCGUUCUUUCAGUACUACCAGGAGAGUAACCAGAACAAACCCCCUGAAGAUGAAGAAAACAAGUUGGAUUUGCUGAAAAAAGAUCAGAGCAAACAGGGUGUCAGUACUGCAGAGGACAAGCAAGCACCUUCCUUCUUGGGCAUCUUUAAAAAGAUAUGGGUUAUGGCUCUCUCUGUGUGUUUUGCCUUCACGAUCACCAUCGGCACGUUUCCUGCAGUCACCGCUGACGUUAAAUCUACAAUGGCUGAUGGUGGAGCUUGGGAAAAGUAUUUCAUACCUGUGUCUUGUUUCCUGUUCUUCAACGUUUUCGACUGGGUGGGCCGCAGUCUCACUGCAGUGUGUAUGUGGCCUGGUAAAGACAGCAAACUUCUUCCUGGUCUAUUAUUGGCCCGUGUGAUAUUCGUCCCUCUGUUAAUGCUGUGUAACGUUCAACCUCGGUACAAUCUGCCGGUCUACUUUGAACAUGAUGGCUGGUUCAUUGCCUUCAUGGUACUCUUUGCCUUUUCCAAUGGAUAUCUGGCCAGUCUCUGCAUGUGUUUUGGACCCAAGAAAGUAGAUCCGAGUGAGGCGGAGACAGCUGGAGCAAUUAUGGCCUUCUUCCUGUCACUCGGCCUUGCUCUUGGAGCAUCUCUCUCCUUUCUGUUCCGUGGGCUCGUCUGAAGUCUCUGCGGACACGCCACACGCAGCCAUCCUCAAUGAACACCGCCACAUUAACAGACUGUGAAUGAAUUUAUAAAGCAUUACAGCGUGUUCAGAAAAGCCCUCGAUCCACGAUACCUACCCUCAAGAUAAAACUCCAAACACGGACAGCCUGACUGUUUGACUCAUGAAUGGGCUAUAUGCACGCAUAACUUCCGCGUUUGAUGCAAGGUUGCUCUUGCGUUUCCGGUUGGGGAGAUUUAAAGCGGAGGUAAACGGGAUUAUGGCAGAGUCUUCAAAAUUUUCUCGUUGUUUGCUUGAGUUGCCAAAAUUUAGUAUUCAUGAUGUGCGAAGAAUUGUACGAAUGUGCAGUACAACGCCACAGAGCAAGCUUGAGAAAGGUUUCAAGUUUUAUGUUUCGUCUUAUCUCUGCAAUUAUGAAGGUAAGUUCAGAUAGCCUGAACUAGUACGUUAUGGCUAACAUUGUGCUAUUAUUUUUACAUUCCGGCCAGCAGCAGACUAAUCACGCUAAUAUAAAUGUUUGGCAUGUAAUGUGUUUGUAAUUUUGUUUGUAAAAGUGUCAGGUAAAAUCAGGGCCACUGAAUGAGAUCUCAGUGAAAGCUCAGUGUUACCGCUCUAUGAGGAAAGCAGAGACUCCACACCAACUAAGAGUAGGACUGGUAUUUUGAAAGUGACGUUCAAAGUUCUUUUGAACAUGUUCUAAGUUUUACUUUUCUAACGUUACCACUGUUCAUUUUGGAUAACCACAGAUGUUAUCUUAGCUAGUAUGGAUGUUUAUUAUACAAAAUGAAUAAUAAUAAAAAAUGUAAUGCAGUUCUAUCAACGACAGAUGAAUAGCACUGCGUUAUUGCAAAUUCUAGCUGAAACAGUGGUAAUGGAGAUACACUGCUGCAAAGUUUGUUUCCUAUUCGCACAUACAGACUUUUUGUCAGUAGCUUUCCAACAGUGGAUGCAAACGAGUUAAUAUCAUUGACAAUGAGCUACAAAAAAAAUAUUUUUUGUAUGUAAAAAAAAAAAAAAAAAAACGACUACAAGAGGAAAGAGUUGUAGGUGAUAGUCAUACUUGUUUAUAAAAAUAAUUUACUCAUUAAUCAUUUUGCAUACACCAUAAGAAAGUAAUUGAGGGCAAACAUCUGAAUGUAUGAAACUAACUUUACUGCAGUUGCAGAUACAGGGUAGCAGAGUGUGCAGGCUUUCUAGUUAGUCUAUAACACAAAAUGGGAGUAUAUUUUAAAACUCUGAAGAAUAGUGAUAUGAAAUGUUUUACCGGACAUGGUGGCUGCAGAUGCAGAAUGUAUUUGACUAACUCGGCUACCCUUCCUUUAGUGUAUAGUCAAAGAGUAUAGAAUCCCACAUCAGUUCUCGGCAUAGCAGCGCUCUACGAUCGGCGGAAGUAAUCAAGCAUCCUUAAAUUUCACCGGAAAUACGUCAUGCACCGCCGUGCAUAGAGCCUAUUUGAGUGCCACUAAGGGAUUUGAGUGCAUAAUCCUCCACAGAAUACCAAAGCUUUGUCAUUCACAAAGUUCUACACAUGUUUAGAUACUAUCAAAAAAUGUUGUCCUCUCACCGCUCUCAGCUAUUUCACACAUUUUACCAUGUUUAAAUGCAUCCCGCAGAAUUCAGCAGACAUGACUCUCAUUGCAAUACAUGCACUCAUGAUAAUGCUUUCUUGAAUCACACUUUUGUUUGUCUUUUCUUUAUAGAAGUUUAUGUAAAAAUAUAUAUAUAUAUAUUAUUGUACCAGUUUAUCGUCUUUUAUAAUCAUUAAAUGGACAUUUGUAACAAGUAACAUGAAGGUGAAAUGCAUUCUGAUGCAAUGGCAUAUACAUUUAUAAAAACAUCAAGAAGUUUUUCCGUUUGAAGAAUAACACAUGGGAAAAUCCAGCUCUACCUCGCACAGGUGGCUUUUGCAAUAUAUUGAAUCUUUCUGGACUUUUACUCUACAUUAAAUGUUCUCUAGAAGAUGAGAAACCAAAGUGCCAAAUAUCAUAUGCCCUGUUAAUAAAAAGCUGUUUCUGAUUCUUCUGCUUGUCCUUAAAAUCUUAAAGUUGUAACUCCAAUAAUCAAGUUCUUCAUUAAACAUUA